AUGAUAGCUAGCGACCUGCAGUUUUCAGAUUCUGAACUAGACACUGAGGGACGAGACGGACAAACCCAUUCAAAACAUUUUAACAAUGAGUCAAUAUCUGAUAUUGAUAUUAUGAUACCAUAUGGUGAAAUUGAUGAUGAGGAUGAAUUAGUUUACAUUGAUGUGACUCCCGAUUUUGUAUACAUCAAACGGAAUUCUGGUAAACUUGCACCAUUACCAAAUGCAUACCCUCCUGAUCAACAGUAUUUAUGUAUAGAUGGUUCCAAACUAAAACAAAAAUUUGUUAAUUCGCCUAGUAGUGAGCUAUCUAAAGCGUUGUUUAAAUCAUUUUACACUCAUAUGGGAAGUGAAUUAAUUUAUAAUAAAGCAUUUGAACGUAUAGGAACGUAUAAACCGAUUGAAAGUGAUUUUGUUGUUGCAUUGAAAUUAAAUUUUUGGCCAAGUAAUAUUGAGCUAUUCUUAGAUCGAUUAAAAAAAAGUCUUUUCAAUCGAUCAUUAUUAUAUGAAAAACUUAAAUCUACUCAUAUGCAUUUGAUACCAAAAUGGUCAAAAAAAACUGAUGUAAAUAAACAAAUAUUUGAAUUUUGA